CUGACGGCGACUUAAUGACACCGACAAUUUAAGCGCACCUGCUACAUAUCGUAGCGCUAUUUUCCCGCGGGCGAAGGUAUUCUGAUUCGUGAUAAAGCACGCUCGCCCUUGCACGCUUCCUAGCUUGCAUGUGGUGCAGACAAACGCCAGUCGGUCGUGCGAUGUAAACCGGUGUGACUGAUAGGAGGGCUUUGAAUCGGGUGCAUGAUGACUGGAGACUGCCGAGGUUCACAGCUGCAGCUGGAAGAUGAAAUGAUUUCACAAUAUUUUUCAUUGUCUGAUCUUGAUAAGCAAAAGACAUAUUGUUCAUUCCACUGCAUUAGCAUCUAGUACCUUCACACAUUUUCUAUCAGCCAUGCCAGAAAUAAAACUAACUCAAGUGAUGGCAUUCAGCAGUGAGGAUCAUAAUUUUCCAGCCAAAAACCUGCUCAGCUCUGAAAAUUUCAAGAAAUGGAAAAGCAAAAGUGCUGGGGAGAAGGACGUUUCUGUGAUGCUGCAAUUUGAGUGCAGCACACAGGUGGAAGCUGUGCAUGUGGGAAACGAGGGCUCUGCUUUUGUUGAAAUCUUUGUUGGAAAACUUGGUGCAGAUGUAAAGGAUUUUGAGGUGCUGCUGCCCACCUCGUCAUUCAUGAGCCCGGCCGAGUCGCGCAGCGGCACCAACCCGAGCCGCGUGCGCCUGUUCGGGCGGGACAAGCUGUCGGCGGCCGCGCUCGGCCGGCCAUGGGACUGCGCGCGCGUCGUCUGCACGCAGCCGUUCUGUCGCACGGCCGCCUACGGCCUGGCGUUCGUGAAGUUCCUGGCGCCGGCGGCGCCGGCAGCGGCAGCGGCGCAGCCGGCGGCGGCUGUUGCGCAGCCGGCGGCCGGGGACGUAGUCCGGCUGGGCUCCUUCACCCUGCGACCCGAGUCAAGCGACGAGAUCCGGGCGGGCGGUCUGUUCAGCCGCCGCUCCCAGCUGACGGCAGCCGGCGGCAGUCUGACGCGAGAGGACCGCGCGGACCGCGUGGUACCGCCCCGGCAGCCGCCCAGCGCCACGCAGACCUCAACGGACGAGCCGCCGCUGCCCACCGGCCACUACCAACUCAAGCCGGAGACCAAGCAGAAGAGGCCGACGGAGAGCAAGCCUGCCAGACCAGAGACGCAACCAGCGGCGAGACGCGACACGGCUGGGCCGGCGUCGAGCACGGCCGUCAGCAACGGCGACACCAGCGGCGCCCGGCCGCCCGCCACUGCCACCUACCGGCCGCUCGACAAACUGCUGUCGGGUGUCGUGUUCGCCAUGAGCGGCUACAAGAACCCGGAGCGGGCCACGCUGCGCGAGCAGGGCAUCCGACUGGGAGCCAAGUACCGGCCUGACUGGACCCCCGACUGCACCCAUCUCAUCUGCGCGUUCCGGAACACGCCCAAGCACGUGCAGGUGCGCGGCCGCGGCAAGAUCGUGCUCGGCUCGUGGCUGAUGGCGUGCGCCGCCCAGAAGCGGCGGCUCUCGUGGCGGCGGCACGCGCUGGAGCCAGCCGACGGCCGCGCGCCGGACAGCGAAGACGAGGUGUGGGCUGAGGAGCUGCGUCCUCGGCCGGCCGCCGGCCCAGCCACCGCGCCCAGCCCGCCGCCAGCGAACGGCGACGAGUACGGCAGCAGCACCGACGAUAUGGACACGGACGACGAGAUCAGGAUGUAA